GAGAAAUUUAAAUUCGAUUCUUUUUAAAUGGUUCUAAAGAACGAUUUUCAUUCUUUAGAUAUGGAAGAUUGCGAUAUUAAUAAUCAAAAUCACGAAAAAUCAUCUCAGGCUAUUGAACAUAGUAACAGUGAAAAGAAAAGUUAUAUAAGAACUUUAAGACCAUACACAUUUCCGAAAUCAGAUCAAUCAAACAAAAAAAAUCCAAGAGUAAUUUUUGAAACAGAUUCUGUUAUUUUGGAAAGAAGAGAAAAACAAAUACAGUAUGGAAAAAUUACACCUGAAUAUCAGAAAUAUAUUUCUGAAAUACCUAAGCGCAAACGUAGUAAACAUCAUCCUCGAACUCCAAAUAAACAUCGGAAGUACAGUAGACGUUCAUGGGACAAACAAAUAAGAAUAUGGAGGUCACAAUUACAUCAAUGGGAUCCUACUACAAAAAGUAACGAUUUACUUGAUCUGUAA